AUGAGGCUGAAGAAUAACAAAGCGGUCGGCUCUGAUGGAAUCCCGGCAGAAGCCUUGAAGGCUGAUCUUGAUCAGGCCUCCAAACUGUUAGAGUAUGAAUAUGAGAGACUGUGGAAGGGACAUCCGAUGCCCCAUGAUUGGUUGCACACUGAAAUAUUGCCGAUCUAUAAACGAAAAGGGUCAAAGUGCGACCCGGUGAACUACAGACCAAUAUCGAUCCUGAACACGGCAGUAAAAAUACUCGGAAGCAUUGUGGCGGAUAGGGUGAAUGUAGUCAUGGCAGACAGAAUCUCGGACAGCCAAAGCGGCUUCCGAAGAGGGAGAUCAACCAUACACAAUGUAAUGUACGUACAAACCUAUCUGAGAGAAAGUUACAACCGGCGAAAAGAAGUUGUAGUAAUCCUCAUAGACCUCAAGGCUGCAUUUGACUCGGUGCCCAGACAGCUGGUGUGGAAAGCGCUGGAAUACUACAAU